GUCCCUGACUUCCUGGCUUAGGGUUAUUUACCCUUACACUAGGUCUUACCUACGGUUCCUACCCCAAAGUGUCUGUCACUUCUGGAGUGGCUUGUGGCCCGGGACCAUUCAGCUCCUACAUCUCUACUUAGGUGUCUUGUAGCUUGCAAUCUAAUUAAAAGAACAUUUUGGUGUGUAUGGCAAUGGCUUAGAUAACACCAUCUCCCUUAAGUGGGAGUAGCGGGAGCUUGCCCGAGAUGGAAGAUAUUGGCUGCUGUCCUGUGGGGAGGGGUACAUGGCAGGCAACAGAGACUAGGAAGACAGGGUGUUCCUCGGGACUACAGAGUUAUAGGGCUGAAUUCAAUUGUACCAAUUGCCAAUAUGACCCCAUCUCUUGUUAAGCAAUGACUGUUUAAAAUUAAUGCUUCAAUACUUCAGCGCACUCCUGGGCAGGCUGACAGCUAAGAAUGUACACAUCUGGAGAGGCCCAGUAACUCACUGCCUAAUGACAGCCAGCAGAGGUGUGUCCACUUGUGGGACUAUUCUGGGCUGUUCGUUUGAGCACUGUUUGCCACGGUAGCAUUCUGAGAGCUAUGCAGGUGCUGACAAGUGAAUGUUUAUGGUCUGGAACACUUGAUCACAAAGAGAAUCUUCCUGAUGGAGGCCUGAACUUUUGUGGGAUAUAGAGAUGGGUGAGCGCUUAUCUUCUAGGCUUGAGUCUGAAUUGAUCAAGGGACCAGUGACUUCUUCAUAUUAUCACACAGUGAGGGGGAAGAUUGGGAAACAGAUUGUUCUAGGAACCAUGGAAGUGAAGGGUGUCCAUCAUAGGAAAUUCUUACCUCAGUCACCAUUCUGGAACCUUGUUUGGAUUCCUAAACUCUAAAUAAAAUCCCUGUAGAUCAGUUUAAGCCAUCAGAUGUGGAAAUCCAGGCCUGCUUCCGGCACGAGAACAUUGCUGAGUUAUACGGUGCGGUCCUAUGGGGCGACACUGUCCAUCUCUUCAUGGAAGCUGGCGAGGGAGGGUCUGUCCUGGAGAAGCUGGAGAGCUGUGGGCCCAUGAGAGAAUUUGAAAUUAUCUGGGUGACAAAGCACGUUCUCAAGGGACUUGAUUUUCUGCACUCCAAGAAAGUCAUCCACCACGAUAUCAAACCUAGCAACAUUGUAUUCAUGUCUACGAAAGCUGUGUUGGUAGAUUUUGGCCUGAGUGUUCAAAUGACAGAAGAUGUCUAUCUCCCCAAGGACCUCCGGGGAACAGAGAUCUACAUGAGCCCUGAGGUGAUUCUGUGCAGGGGCCAUUCCACAAAAGCAGACAUCUACAGCCUUGGAGCCACGCUCAUUCACAUGCAGACAGGCACCCCACCCUGGGUGAAGCGCUACCCUCGAUCGGCCUAUCCCUCCUACCUGUACAUAAUCCACAAGCAGGCACCUCCCCUGGAAGAUAUUGCUGGUGACUGCAGUCCAGGCAUGAGGGAGCUGAUAGAAGCCGCCCUGGAGAGGAACCCCAACCACCGCCCAAAAGCAGCAGACCUACUGAAACACGAAGCCCUGAAUCCCCCAAGAGAGGACCAGCCACGGUGUCAGAGUCUGGACUCUGCCCUCUUUGACCGGAAGAGGCUGCUGAGCAGGAAGGAGCUAGAACUUCCUGAGAACAUUGCUGAUUCAUCAUGCACAGGAAGCACCGAGGAGUCUGAAGUGCUCAGGAGACAGCGUUCCCUCUACAUUGAUCUCGGAGCUCUGGCUGGCUACUUCAAUAUUGUUCGUGGUCCACCAACCCUGGAAUAUGGCUGAUGGAUGACUCUAUUGGCAACAGUAGGGCGGAUAUUUCUCUCCUGGAUGUUGGUUUCACAGACCCUACACAGCAGCUCUGGAUAGUGAAUUUUACCCAAUUUUUUUAGGAAGCAGGGAGGAGGUCUCUAGUGACACAGGAAUGUCAAAGCCCUGGCCCCCUUUGUGAAGCUCCUCUGGCAUGUUCCAGAGCCCAAGGUUCUCAUUUCUCAGGUGGUGGGACUGGACAAAAGGGAGUGGUGAGCUCAGGAAAGAAUCAUUUCUGAUGACAAUUCUAUUCACUUUGCACUUUAAUGGACAUUAAAAAAAUAGCUCUCACAAGAUAGUAACCUAAAAUACCUGUUCUUGGUUCUUAUAUAACCAUGGGUUCUUCAUUCAACUCAGAAGACCUGAUCUGUGUAUAUAUUUGUGUGUAUUAUAUGGUAACUCUUUGUACCUUGGUUGGUAGAGUCUAGUAUAAGUUUAGUUAAUAGUAUUUUGGGUGGAUAGAGCAACUCUAAUAUUACAGCAAUUCACUGGACUAGUGUCUCACAAAUGACUGAUUUACUCAGAGCCAUUAAGCAGCAGGCCACUAGUGAGAGUUUCUGUUAUGUUCCUAUGGAAACACUGUGUAUUGUACGUGCUAUGCUUAAAACAUUUAAAACACAAUGUUUUAAAUGUGGACAGAACUGUGUAAACCACAUAAUUUCUGUACAUCCCAAAGGAUGAGAAAUGUGACCUUCAAGAAAAUGGAAACAUUUGUAAAUUCUUUGUAGUGAUACCUUUGUAAUUAAUGAAACUAUUUUUCUUUAAAGUGUUUCUAUAUUAAAAAUAGCAUACUGUGUAUGUUUUAUUCCAAAAUUCCUUCAUGAAUCUUUCAUAUAUAUAUGUGUAUAUAUUUUAACAUUGUAAAGUAUGAGUAUUCUUAUUUAAAGUAUAUUUUUACAUUAUGCAAAUGAACUUCAACGUUUUAGUCCAAUGUGACUGGUCAAAUAAACCAAAUAAACUGAGUAUUUUGUCUUAA